ACUGUCAUGGCGUCCAGCCGCUGUUCGGUCGCAGCGAUGCUCCGCAACAAACUCCGCUCCUUCCUCUGCUGUUUGUUCGUUUUUGCGCAGUUCACGUCGCCGCCGGUUCGGGCCAAAGCGGACGGCCUGAGGGAGGUGACCGACGGCAGCUGGGAGGAGAUCCUGAGCGGGGAGUGGAUGAUUGAGUUCUACGCCCCGUGGUGUCCGGCCUGUCAGCAGCUGCAGCCGGUGUGGAUGGAGUUUGCAGCCUGGGGCGAGGACAUGGGGGUCAACAUCGCCAAGGUGGACGUGACAGAGCAACCUGGUCUGAGCGGGCGAUUCAUCAUCACCUCCCUUCCUACUAUUUACCACUGUAAGGACGGUGUCUUCCGGAAGUACCAGGGCGCUCGCACUAAAGACGACUUCCUGAGCUUCGUCGAUGAACAGAAAUGGAAAGCAGUGGAGCCGAUCUCCUCUUGGUUUGGGCCAUCCUCAUUCUUAAUGAAUUCAAUGUCUGCUUUGUUCAAGCUCUCCAUGUUCAUCCGGCGUUGUCAUAAUUACCUGACGGACCAGCUGGGGAUUCCUGUGUGGGGAUCGUAUGUGAUCUUUGGUUUGGCCACUCUGUUCUCUGGGCUCGCUCUCGGCCUGCUGCUGGUGUUCAUUGCAGAUUUUGCUUUCCCCUCUCGACGAUUCUCUUCGACUAAUUAUUACCAGAAGAAACAGUCCUUGGAGCAGGCGAGGUUACUCCACCAGCAGGAGGACGAACACGAGGCCGACGGGGAGGAAGACGACGACGAAGACGACGAGGAGGAGGACGGGGACCAGGAUGAGGUCUGGAGGAGAAGAAGAGGGUCCCCUGAGGGCCGCCCGGAACCCAGGGGACAGGGUUUGCCUGACGAAGCUCUGAGGAAGAGGGUGGUGUGCAGCCGUGAGGAAGAGGAUGACGAGGACACUUAGAGCAACAGUGUGGAGCUUCACAUUGACCCGUACUCGUUUUGAGAAGAGCGCCUCAGAGCUGGAGGAGCCUUGGUCCUGAGCAACAGUGUUUACAGCAGGGAGCCCCAAACCUCCCCCUUAACCUUCCUCUUCUCCUCCUCCUCCUCCGAAACCCCUCGCUUCUUUUCUCCUCCUUCCCUCGUCUCGAACGGGAGCGCUGCAGACUCUCGCCACCGCCCUCUCUGCCUGAUCAGCCGGCUCCGCCUGGAAGAAGCUGAAGAAACACUCCUGACACCUGUUUUCACUUCAGCGAUCAAACGGCCUGGCUGAGGUUUGCAUUGACGUGCAGUGGAGCUGGAAUUUGCAGGGUCGUUUAUGCUAUGCAUUGUUUUGUUUUUUAAGAUUUGUGUGUUAUUACCUGUUUUUCUCUGAAUUAUUAUUAUUAUUAUUAUUAUUAUACCAGGCUUGCGUUUCAGAAUUUUGUUGUUGAAUUGUUACGCUUCUGCUCAAGUGUACAUGUUGUCAUGUUCUGUAGUGUUUAUUUUACAAACCAUGACAACUCAACCCGACGUUACAGUGUUCACACAAAGUUUCACAUUCAGAAAUUGGAGCUAAACGGAAGCGCCGAGGUUUCAUGUGACCGCAGACGCACAUUGUUUUCGUUAAGUGGUGAAUUCACAAUAAAAGCCACCAUGUUGAAUGCUUUCAGUUCAGACCAGUAGGAUGUGUUUGGUUUGUAUGUUCAGUAACUUAACUGCUCUGAUUCAGCUGAAGUUAUAAUCAAUCACACAGUCUGAUAAAAGACAAUGCUGUCACAUGAUGCAGGUGAUCAACAUUGAUCAGUCUGUAAACUAGAAGGACACGUGGAGAACACGUACUGCUGCCAAGGCCUGUUCAGAUAUAUCAAUCCUCUUUUUCACAAUCUCCACAAAAUGUAGAAAAACGCUUCCACACACAAUGUCAAAGAAAGUGAGAAGAAAAAUUCAGUAAAUCCUCCUUCAGGUCGACUCUGACCCGUGGAAUCCUCCUUGAAUCUUUAUGUGGUUUGGACAAAUGUUCUGAUAAACAUCUGUUUUCCUCAGUUUGUACAAAGAGUGAAUCCUGUCUGAUUUAUCCCUUUUUUAAAUCAUCUGAGCUUUUCUCAGCGAUCGCACCAAACACAGACUGAGACAGAUUCACUGUCAGCUGCAGAAAACAAGUCCACCUUAAGAACUAACUGUUUUGAUAGAAGAAGCUAUGAUACCUGAGGUAAAUACAGACCAUUUGGAAUAUACUAACAUUAUAUUCACUCCAAGUACAGGAAAACACCUGGUGACUGUUUUGUAGAUUCUGUUUGUCCCCAUGAUGUCUCAUAAUAUCAACCUCCUGAGGUUUGAUCUAACAAUUCAAGGAAGUUUACUGAACUGACUGAGAUGAGCUGUCGGCCUGUCACAGGGUCGUCAGCUCAGUGUGUGCAUGUGGUCAUAUAAUUAAAGAACCUGGCCUCCUUGUAUGAAUCCGUCCCGAUGCUGCUGUGGUGCGGAACACAAAGAGAACCUUAUUUUUAUUAAACCACUUUAAAUGACUUAUUUAGUCUAAAAGGUCAAAUUAACUUGAAUAUUAAAAAUCUAACCAUUAUCACUCCGAUUCUCAGUGUGUAUCCUCUUCAGCAGCAGGGGCAGUAUGUGGGUGUGUGUGUGUGAGAGAUCAGUGGUUUUAAUACAGAUUUCACUUUAUUUAGAUUGGAAUGUUUUUUAAUUCUGAAAAUAAUCUAAUUAAUCUUUUUGUUGAGGGUUAAAACAGAGUAUUAUUGUGUUGUUUUUUUUACCUGAUCCCUAUUUACAGCUUGUAGCGUUCACAUUUUACUCUGAGCUCCUUAUUGUUUUGAACUUUUCUUUGAAUAAAGGAUUAACUCAUGA